AUGUCUUUCGGAGUUCCAACUGGUGAAAACCGCGAAGAAGACGCUCUACCGACAACAUUUGAUUUCGGACCUGGAUUUUCGACCAUAGACAUUAAUACUGUUAUUAGAAGUCCAACAGGUACUUCUUCUGGCCGAAUUGCUUCAACUACUACAUUAGCUGAAACAACUACACUUGCAACAUUAACACGGAGUCGAGGAUCUGCCGUCAUCGAUGCAUCUUCUACUUCCUUAAUACGUACAACAUCAGAAGUUACAGAAUCCACAUCAACAAGAUCAAUACCCUCUACCCGCCCUCCACCUGUAACAAAUAUACCAUCUCUUCCAAUUCUUCCUUCAAUAAUAAUAGCAACCGGCGUCCAAACAACUAGCACCGUAACCGCAACCGGAAUGUCUAACCCCGCGGCUUCGAACAACACCGACGGUCUUUCCUCUCAACCCGCAGAGGCAACUUCACAGCAGCCAAGAAUCACCACCGGUGCUGCUAUCGGGAUCGCUCUGAUCGUUACCGUCGUUCUUGUCCUCCUCGGAUUUGGAAUCUUUAGAUAUCUAAGGCAAAAAAAGAAUCAAGGAUUACCACCACCGACAUCAAAAGGCGUUAAAGGGAAAGGGAAGUCAGCACAGAUGGCUACGAUGCCGUAUAUGGGAAAUGAGAGGGGGUUGGAAGAAGGAUGGGAAUCUGGGUCUACGAUUGCACCGUUUACUUUUGAUGAGCCAGAUAGGACUGGACUUGGGCUUAGAGGGAUUGGGGAGCACAGAAACUCGAAUGCGAGUUUGACGAGGCUACCUAUUCAUCGGUAG